ACGCAAAUUGUUGCAAUACAGUAGGUCCACGUACUUCCAUGGGCUGGAGACGUAACAUGUAUAAACUGCCCACUGACCGGACCUGCUAUUUAACAGGUGUAGCAGCAAGUGCAGCAAAGUCGUCUUUAGACAAAUCCUGGCCUGGACUAUGCGCUCAAUCUGGGGUUUAAUCGCCUUGGUGGCCACAGCGACUUUUUACUUGUAUCUGCUGUCUGCGUUCCUGCCGCCGGGUCCUCGUGCCGUCCGCGUUCACGACGCUGAACCUGAACACACUGUCCAUGACGAUGAGCCGGAGGAGGAAAUACGCAGGUUGAAGUUCCCAUCUGAUCUGGAGGAGUUGAGGGAACUAGCCGAGCUGCUGCAGUUCUAUAAGACAGAACACACUGGCUAUGUGUUCAUUCUCUUCUGCAGUGCCUACCUCUACAAGCAGUCCUUUGCCAUUCCAGGAUCAUCUUUUUUGAACAUGCUGGCGGGGGCAUUAUUCGGGCCAUGGCAUGGAAUCCUUAUUGCCUGCACUUUGACAACUGUGGGUUCCACAAACUGCUACCUGCUGUCCCGUACAUUUGGCAAACGCCACAUCAUCAGGAUCUUCCCCGAGAAGGUGGCAAUGCUGCAGCGAAUGGUGGAAGAGAACAGGAGCAGUUUGUUCUUCUUCUUGCUCUUUCUGCGGUUCUUUCCCAUGACACCUAACUGGUUCUUGAACAUCACCUCUCCAAUCCUCAACAUCCCCAUCCCCAUAUUCUUCUUCUCCAUCCUCAUUGGUCUAAUCCCUUAUAACUUCAUCUGUGUCCGUACGGGAGCCAUCUUGUCUGAGAUCCAGUCUUUGGAUGACAUCUUUUCGUGGGGCACCUUGCUGCAGCUCCUGCUGAUCGCGUGUGUGGCUCUUCUUCCUGGAGCUCUAAUCCGCCGCUACAGUCAGGCCCAUUUCAAACUUGACGGCCUGGAACCCAACGGACACCAAAAUGCCUUGAAUGAUCGCAAGACUAAAUGACCCAAAAGAAAGACACCGUAGGA